AAAAAUCAAUAAAAAUUUUCAUUUUCAGUAGUGCUGUAUUGUAUUGUAUGCAGAAAUUUUGUUAAAUAAGUUAGCUAAAUAUUUAAUGGCGUUUAAAGUGAAUUAAUUAAACAAUUGUACAUGAAUACAUAAGCUAAAAGAAAAGUGGUUUUGCUACGCCCAUUUUGACCGAAUACGCCAGAGUCGCAGAAAGAAAUUGAAAUUAUUGUUAAAGAAGCCGUCGUGUCGAAGUCGCGAUCGGUGUCUCGUCUUUCGAUGCUGCAAUCUUCUAUAAAUCUUAAUUCAAAACCAUUUUGUUAAAAUUGCCGUCGCCAAUUGGAAAAAAUAAAUCAAAAAUACCGAUUUAACGCACAGCGAAUCAUUGCUUUUGUUAAUCAGCCAAUCGCUAGCAACGGGUGCAACUAAAGUCAAACAAAAGCAACUCGGCGGGCUUCUUAUCUGCCUUUAUUGCGGCAGCCUCUGCAUUUAUUAACGAGCUCAUCGAAACCAAUAUUCUCAGGCGGACUACGUAAGUUUCGCCUUUAGAGUAUUAUCGCAUAGAAUUCAACUGCAUAAAUAAACACCGGCGAUUUACAUAUUAGUUUUAUUUUGUAAAUAUUCAUUCGUAUUCACUAUAACAUUGAAACUCAAAUCUUAGCAGUGGGCUUUGCAGCAUCACCAAGAUUCACGGAAUAUUGUUGUUAAACACAAAAGUAAAGGUUUCUUAUCGCAGAGGUUUUGCAGUAAAUCGGCGAAAAUUAAUAAAUUAACCACAAUGGCACCUGUGCGGGGGGACGGUAUGAGAGGUUUAGCGGUUUUUAUAUCGGAUAUAAGAAAUUGUAAAAGUAAAGAGGCCGAAGUGAAGCGCAUCAAUAAGGAGCUCGCCAAUAUACGUAGCAAAUUCAAAGGUGACAAGACGCUCGACGGCUAUCAAAAGAAAAAAUAUGUUUGUAAGCUAUUGUUUAUUUUUCUAUUGGGACAUGACAUCGACUUUGGCCACAUGGAGGCGGUCAAUUUACUCUCUUCGAACAAAUACUCCGAAAAACAAAUUGGCUACCUAUUCAUUUCGGUCUUGGUGAAUACCAAUAGCGAUUUAAUACGCUUGAUCAUACAGUCGAUCAAAAAUGAUUUGCAAUCCCGUAACCCUGUUCAUGUGAACUUGGCACUGCAGUGUAUUGCUAAUAUUGGUAGUCGAGAUAUGGCUGAAUCGUUCUCGAAUGAGAUACCAAAGUUAUUGGUAUCGGGUGACACAAUGGAUGUUGUAAAACAAUCGGCGGCGCUCUGUCUUCUACGGUUAUUCCGUUCCAGUCCAGAUAUAAUACCAGGCGGCGAGUGGACUUCGCGCAUCAUUCAUUUGCUCAACGAUCAACAUAUGGGUGUGGUAACAGCGGCCACUUCGUUGAUAGAUGCUCUUGUUAAGCGCAAUCCAGAGGAGUAUAAAGGUUGCGUAAAUCUAGCUGUUUCGCGUCUCUCACGCAUUGUUACAGCCAGUUAUACGGAUUUACAAGAUUACACAUAUUAUUUUGUGCCAGCGCCAUGGUUGUCGGUGAAGUUAUUGCGCUUGCUACAAAACUAUAAUCCAGUUACUGAAGAGCCCGGUGUGCGAGCACGAUUGAAUGAAACACUGGAGACUAUUUUGAAUAAGGCGCAGGAGCCACCGAAGAGUAAAAAAGUUCAACAUUCGAAUGCCAAGAACGCAGUCUUGUUUGAGGCUAUUAACUUAAUUAUCCAUAGUGAUAGUGAGCCGAAUUUGUUGGUUCGCGCCUGCAAUCAAUUGGGACAAUUUUUGAGUAAUCGCGAGACGAAUUUGCGUUAUUUGGCAUUAGAGUCAAUGUGUCAUUUGGCCACGUCGGAGUUUUCCCAUGAAGAAGUAAAGAAACAUCAGGAGGUUGUCAUUUUAUCUAUGAAGAUGGAAAAGGACGUUUCAGUGCGCCAAAUGGCUGUGGAUUUGUUGUAUGCCAUGUGCGAUCGUGGCAAUGCUGAGGAAAUUGUACAAGAAAUGCUCAAUUACUUGGAGACAGCUGACUACUCCAUACGCGAAGAAAUGGUGCUUAAAGUGGCGAUAUUGGCUGAGAAAUACGCUACUGAUUACACUUGGUAUGUGGAUGUCAUUCUCAAUCUUAUACGUAUUGCUGGCGAUUACGUUUCCGAGGAAGUGUGGUAUCGUGUCAUACAGAUUGUAAUUAAUCGAGAAGAAGUUCAAGGCUAUGCUGCCAAAACUGUUUUCGAAGCUCUGCAGGCGCCAGCUUGUCAUGAAAAUAUGGUUAAAGUAGGCGGAUAUAUACUAGGCGAAUUUGGCAAUCUGAUCGCUGGUGAUUCACGCUCCGCUCCGCUCGUACAAUUCAAAUUAUUGCACUCGAAAUAUCACCUUUGCUCACCUAUGACACGCGCAUUGUUGCUAUCCACCUACAUUAAAUUUAUAAAUCUGUUCCCUGAGAUACGCACCAACAUUCAGGAAGUGUUCCGUCAACAUAGUAAUUUACGCUCCGCGGAUGCUGAAUUGCAACAGCGUGCAAGCGAGUACUUGCAAUUGAGUAUUGUGGCAUCGACCGAUGUUUUGGCGACUGUGCUAGAGGAGAUGCCAUCAUUCCCCGAAAGGGAAAGUUCGAUUUUGGCCGUUUUGAAGAAGAAGAAACCUGGCCGUGUGCCCGAAAAUGAGAUACGCGAGUCCAAGAGCCCAGCACCAAAUACGAUGGCGCAGAAUAACGUAAUCGUAAAUCACAAAGUAAAUAGCAAUGCCAAUGCAGACUUGUUAGGUUUGAGUACACCACCAGCUGGUUUAAAUAACACUGGAGGCAGUGGAACUUUAAUCGAUGUAUUAGGCGAUAUCUAUGGCAAUAACAAUGCGGCGACUUACAACACCAAGAAGUUCCUCUUCAAGAAUAAUGGUGUGCUUUUUGAAAACGAAAUGCUGCAAAUCGGUGUAAAGAGUGAAUUUCGACAAAACCUUGGGCGUUUAGGCUUAUUUUAUGGCAAUAAGACACAAAUACCUUUGACGAAUUUUAUGCCAGUUCUCCAAUGGAGCGCAGAGGAUGCGUUGAAGCUUAAUGUCCAAGUAAAACCCGUUGACCCCACACUGGAAGCUGGCGCACAAAUUCAGCAACUACUCACCGCUGAAUGCAUUGAGGACUACGCGGAUGCACCCACAAUCGAGGUGAAUUUCCGCUAUAAUAAUGUGCCACAGAAAUUCAGCAUAAAGUUGCCACUGACGUUAAAUAAAUUUUUUGAGCCCACGGAAAUGAAUGGCGAGUCAUUUUUCGCACGAUGGAAAAAUUUAGGCGGCGAACAACAAAGAGCACAAAAGGUCUUCAAGGCACAGCAGCCAUUGGAUCUGCCGGGUGCACGCAAUAAGCUUAUGGGAUUCGGUAUGCAACUAUUGGACAAUGUGGACCCUAAUCCCGAUAAUAUGGUAUGUGCGGGCAUUAUACACACGCAAACGCAACAGGUGGGGUGUCUGUUACGACUGGAACCGAAUAAACAAGCGCAGAUGUUUCGACUUACUAUACGCGCUAGCAAAGAAACCGUUACCCGCGAAAUAUGUGAUCUACUUUCAGAUCAAUUUUAAAAAAACUAAAUAUGAACAACCUUCUAUGCGUAGGCUAAAAAGUAAAUAUUCAAUAAAAGAAACAACCUAAACUGAUUAAGACACUACUUGAGCGCUUGCAUAGGCUCCGGUUAUUUUGUUAUUAAGCAAAAAACAGACAGAGAUACAAAAAUACAUAACGAAAAGUAUAAUAAAAAAUUACUAUCUCCUAUUUAGCACAAUUCACAAAUCUAAAGGCAACACCUCUUAUCAAUAUAUACAUAAAAAGAGUAUAUGAAAGAAAAUUUCAAAUGUGUGAACAAUUGUAUAGCUUUUGCAAAACAUUAGCAUAACAAAUUGUGAGCAGUUUUUGUUUACAAAUUUAGUUUUCCGUGUGUGCGUGCGUGAAAGUGAUACGAAAAUAUGCGGAUCGUUAAAAUCGCGUUAAAUAAUUAGAUCCACCAGUGAAUGAUUGACAUUUUUUUGUUUGUUUGCCAUUCAUUCUAACCACACUAUUUCAAACCACAAUUUCACAAAAUAAUAAUAAUCGCAAUGUUUGUUCGUUAAGAAUUAUAAUAGAAACAUAAAAUGUAAUAUUGAAAAUUCGUUGAAAUCGAUCAUAUAUAAAACGAUACAAGCAUAUUAUUUUAAGUUGAAACCUAAAAUUGUUUUACAAUUGCAACCUAUGCGAAUAAAUAUGUAAUUUAUUAUUUUUACAUAAACAUUUGUUUGCUUAAAAAUGUGUUUGAAGGGAAACAAUAAUAAUCAGUAGACAACCAAAUGUAUAAAAGAAACACGAAAAAUAGCAAUACUUUUAAAAUAAAAACAAAGAAUAAUUGAAAUACAACUUUAUCUCUAAUACAAAAGGGGCGUAAGCAAGUUGCUCGUCGCCACUAUAUGAUAAUUCUAGUACAUUUUGUGCACAGAAUAUUCAAUGAAAUUGAAAGUUAGUUCGGAAGCGUGUAUUUCUCUAUUUAUCGACAUGGCUUUCGUUAGAAAGGAGUAAAGAAUAUACUGUACAUACCUUUCAAAUAUAUGAGUUCAUAAUACUUAAUAUAAAUAGGGAGUUUUGUUGUAAUAUAUAAAUGUCGGGCAAAACUUUUGUUAUCGUUAUAUCAUUACAAACUUCAGUAACUACUAUAUUGUAGUAUAUGCAUGCAUUGAUGUAAAGGAAUUUAAAUGAAUUUAAAUAAUCUCAUACUAGAUAAAUAAUCUCACAAACGUGUUGAAAACCAUGGAUUUGCUGAACAAAAUUAAGUAGUAUUAAAAUAAAGUUGUUUGUGUUGUGCGAUUAAGCGAUUUUUGUAUAAUGCAUAUUGACUGAUAUAUUUUCUCUUUCGUCUACUAUUGACUUUGAUGUAGUUGAUGCCUAUGUCCUUUAACGUAAGUGUCUGAGAGCUUAUAUUUAUUAUACGCCAAAUUUGCAACAAAAUCAUAUAACUUGAUUGAAAUAUCGGUUAAACUUACUAAAAAGCAUUCCAAAAAAGAAUAAACUAAUUAAAAUUGCGAUACAUUAUUUUUGAACUAAACACAACUGUAAAGAAGUUUGAAAAAAUAUAAUUACUUAAUCGCAUAACCCGCUUUUUUGUAUAAACUUAUGAACUCAAAACACCUAGUGGCGAAAUAUACAAAGCAUGCAUAAGGUGCCGCUAACAGCUUAAUGAUAUUACAAUAUAUUUAUGUAUUAUUAUUUUCAUGCAUUUAAUGUAGUAUAAAUGUUCACAAUCCAAAUCAUUACAACCUAACAAAAGAAAUGUUAUCCUGCUUUUUGUACUCAUUACGUUUUCAUAGUGAUAAAUAGUUGUAAGUUUAUGAACAGUUGAAUUUUAUUGUGUUUUGUAUUAUUAUAUGUUUUUAUGCAUAAUUGGUAAAGUCGUCGAUUUGGAUUAUGAACAAUUUGAUAUUGUCGUUAAAUGCAAAUUACAUAAUAUAGCGUAUUCUCAAGUAGUGCUAUUUAUCGUACUGCUCUAAUGGUGUUAUAGUAUUAGUACAGUUAAAAACUUGUUUAGGUUACUUGUGAAAUUUUUAUAUAAAUAUUUUUUUACUACAGCAUUCUCGCCACUCACAGUUCGCCUUAAUGUAAUAUUUAUAUUUGCUGUUCGAUCAGCUGUUUCUGUUUUCAUUUUUUUUCUGAUGUGCGCAAAAGCGAACAUUGCAAAUACAAUGAUUUUUAUUAAUUAAAACACAUGUUCCGCUUCACAACUCAAUAGCAGAUUAUGAAAUUACGAAAAAUAGCACGACUUGUGAACUCCAUAAUAGUAUUAAAUGUAGUAUUUGUCAAAUGGUCAAUAUUGAAUAAAGCUAGUUAAGCCACGACAUUAAAAGCAUUAUGCUAACAUACAAACGAAUAAUAAAAUUAAAUAAAGUAUAUAAAAUCUUAUGUGAAAAAUCUGCAA